AUGGUCAGAUUCCGAUAUCCACAUAAAAAAUUUCCACGGAAAAACCUGGAAUGUAAAAACUUGGACGGUACAAAUCUGGAAUAUAAAAUUUUGAAAUCUGUAAAAUCCGAGGACGUUAUACCCGCAUCUACUGUCUUGGUCCAACUACCUGGUAACAUGCAAAAACAAUUGCUUACGUAAAAAUAAGUAAAAUUAGCUUGAUUUCAACAGUAUUUUGAAGGGAAUGUCAUAGGGUUUUAUUUGUAUUCUUCAAAAUAUACAGCCCGAUAUAAUAGAUACAAAAUCCUUUUUUUUUUCUUUUUUUAAAUAAUUGUAACUUUUUUAAUAGUUCAUAAUUCAAAAAAUACCUAUGAAAUUUCCUCCAAAAUAUUGUUCUCUAUACAUUUCAUAAUAAGUACUUUUACUUUAAAUACGCUAGUUUUACUUAUUCUGCGUAAGCAUUCUUUUUGUAUGUUACAGUAGAUGCGGGUAUAUUUUCAUCUCAGAUCAGCGACUGUUCGAAGAUUUUAAGUAAAUUUAUUUUCGCUAUACAUUCCGUACAUCGGUGUUAUAAUUUUUGAAUUCAAUCGUGAUUACUCAUUAUGAAAUUUACAGAGAACAAUAUUUUGGAAAUCAUAGAUGGUUUUUUAAUUAUGUACUAUUAAACAAGUUGCAGUUAUUUAAAAAUACAAAAAACAAAAGGUUUUUGUAUCUAUUAUAUCGAGCCGCAUAUUUAAAAUACUACAAGAAACCCAAUGACAUUCCCUCCAGAAUAAUGUUCUCUAUAAAUUCCAUAAUGGAUACUUUUACUCUAAAAUCGAAAUCAAGCUGAUCUUACAUAUUCUGCGUAAGCAUUGUUUUUCCAUGCUACCCGGCAGUCGGAUUCGGACAGUAGAUGCGGCUAUAAAGUCCUCUUAAAUACAUAAUAUUAUGUACGGGUUGAUUGGUGUAUACGUAUGCAUAAUAAUUACUAUUGUUUUUGAUAUGUUAAUAUUAUAUUACACGGAAUGACGGUGAUAUUUUGAAAACUCAUAUGAGAAAUAUAGAAAUAUAUCGUCGUUAUUCGAUAAUAUUGUGUUUUGGAAAAAAAACAAAAUCGAAUUUGCCGUAUGAUAAACGAAUCACUCUGUAUAAAAAUAAAUUACGUGUGCGUGUCAACGAAAUACUGCGGUAAAUACGAUUCUAAUAGCCGAAUAAUUACGUAAAUGUUAUACACUAUACAUGCGUUUCAAAAACGAUUUCUCCAUACAUGUAAAUAUAGUCCAGGUACACCCGGUUGUCGUUCUCGAGUAUAUUUUAUGACGGUGACGUAAUGUUAGUUGUUUUUUUUUCCACUUUUUUUUUUGAACCCUUUUGACGACGAUGGGAGUGUACUAGGUGAACGUCACGAUUGGUGGAUGGUUUUUUUUUUUUUUGUCGGGCGUUCGAGUUCAUUAUGCAGACUGCAGCUAAAGAAAAAAACAACCCUUCUAUAUAAUAAUAAAACGCGCGUUCAACCAAUAGGAAUACGGGAUACAAGGUCACGAGGGGGACUAUUGCUAUAUUUAUUAUUUUUUUUUUUACGUGCUCGGAAUAUUUUUUUUUACUAGGUUUUUCAUUUUUUUUUUUUUUUUUCCCCCCAAUAAUCGUUUAUGUAUGGUACUAUAUAUACAUGGCAUACCCAUUUAUAUUAUGAUUUUAUUACGUACAAGCGAAAACCUGUCAAAAGCGUUUUAGUUGUAUUAUAUUUUAUUAUUACAUAGGAAAUAUACGGUCACAAAAAAAAUCCUAGUGUAUACAUAAAUAAAAUAAACACCCCUGUUCGUUUUCGGUCGGAUACGCGAGAUAAAGAUUUGUUUUGCAUUUGAAUGUGUACGCGCGUAUACGAAGAGAGGGGAACGAUGACGGAAUUUACAACUACAAUCCUCGAUGUAUAAUGCAGUGCAAUAACGUAAAAGGAUUGCCGGUGGUAGUAGCUCAUCUAUGUUAUUUGAGUGUUCUUAUUUAUUUUAUUGUAUAUAAAAAAACGUUUAAACAUAUCCAACAGUAUUAUUACCUAUACUUCACCGAUCGUUUUUGAAUACUCUAUACAGGUGUUCAAAUAUGCCACAGUUUUAAGAGUAAGAGCACUCCUACUCCUACUCUCAACACCGUAACGUAAAAUAAUAACCGUGUUUAAUAGUGUUAUAACAGCAACCCUUUUCUCAUUUAAAUGGACACACACAUAACAUUUUCUUUAUUGUCCUUAUUCUAACCUUUCUCUCUUUCCUCUAAAAAUUGCCGCCUAAAAUUAUUCGAAUAAUUUUGAAUAUAUGAAUUUGUUUGUAAAACGGCUCGUGAAUUAAAACGUCAUAGUUGUAUUAAUUUGUAUUAAUUAUUACAUUUUAUGGAUGAGAAUAUGACUCUCACGUCCCCCUUCGACCUAAACAAUCUAAAAAUGCCCACCUGUAGGUUGGGAAACACUGCAGCGUAACAACGAAUCACGGCUCUCGUCUGCUAUAGAAGUUUUACGCGCGUUUUCCAAAAAUAGCCCUAAAUAUUAGACAGCAGUUUGUUGUAUAUUAUUAAAUUGGUAGACAUAUACUGGUACCCUGUUAUAUUUGUUCUCGCUAGAUGCAAGUGUAAUUAUUUUUAAAUUAUUAGAUAUUGAAUUGUUUUCUUCAAAACAGCAUGUGUUUGAUAUUCGCACCAUAUCGGGAAUAUUAUUAAUUUGGUAAAAAAGGAAUUAAAAAAAAAACAAACGGACAUACUUUGUGCACGAUGGGUGGGCCACUGUUGUAGGUAAGAAGUUGAGAAAGUAGGAUAUAGAGGGGAAUUUAAUGUAUAUAAAUGUACGCAACGAUUAAUUUUUGCUAAUAAAAAAAGAAUCUGACCGGAGUUCGAUUAUACAUUUUUUGAAAGGCCGUAAUAUUUACGAUUUUAAAAUAAUACAUUUCGUAAAUUUUCUCGUUUUCCUACAUUUUUUUCCCAUUUAUUAUGAAAACCUUUGAAAAAAUCAAAAAAUGAUCUUCUUAAAGUUAGUACUUUACUCCAAUCAAAUUUCCUUUCAGAAAAAGUGCCACGCUUUGGAAAUCGAAAUAAAAUUUUUGGUAGAAAAGUUGUUCACAGAAAAAAAGAAAAAAUUAAACAUAGUUCCGCUCGCGAUUGGCUUGGUCCAUUUACAAUAUUAUUGCAUAGGUAUUAUAUUAUAAGUUAUAACUUUAACGUUAAUUAAUUUAUAACAGAAAUACAAUUUAUUUCCUAUCAGUAGCAUUAGAGUCUUCAACGUAUCUAUCUAUCCAUCAACCCAUCCAUACGUGUCAUGAUGGAUGGGCCACUGUUAUAGGUGAGAAGUUUGAAAAGUAGAGGGGAAAUUUAGUAUAUAUCUGUACGCAACAAUUAAUUAUUGCUAAUGAAAAACGAUUCUGAGCAAAGUUCUGUUAAUAGUAUUAUUUUGUCAACAAUAUAUAUGUCAUAUUGUGGUAAAAUAAUUAUGUAAUUAUUAUUAUUAUUAUUAUAUUAUGCAUAUGUAUGCAUAAUAUAUUUUCUUUAAUAAUAUUUGUUUGAUAUAGUAUCUAUUUUUCUGUUUUUCCUACAUUUUUUUCCUUGUUGUUCCCAUUUAUUAUGAAAACAGCUGGGAAAAUAAAAAAAAACCUCUCUAAAGUACUACCCCAGUCAGACCACUUUCAGAAAAAGUGCUAUAAUUGAAAAUUGGAACAAAAUUGCUGGUAUAAAAGUUGUACACAGAAAAAAAAUAAACAUCAUUGUAAAACUAAUACAUUUCUCACUUCGCUCAGAAUCUAAAAAGUAAUGUCCAAAUGUAUUUAAACUUAAAAAAGGAAUAGCGUUUAUUUUUUUAUACAAUUAAAGUAAAAAUAUAAUUUAGUAUGUGUAAUUAUACAGAACAAUAUUAUUGUGAUUUAUGUUCACUGUAAAUUUUUGGGUAUGUUGUACGGAGUAAAUGUAUUUUGAUCUGCUUAUUCUAAAUGAAGCACUAAGGACUCAGUGAAGGAUAUGUUGAAGUCUCUGACUCCAUUGAUCCGGAAUAUUUUUCUUCAAACUCCAAUACUAAAUUCAAAAAUGUCUUUUUUGGCUUCAUGUAUACCUAUUUUGGUAAUUGCCUAACUUUUUUCGCCAUAUUCUUAAAGAAUAAGUCAAUGGCAUCAUCUUAUAUAUGUAUACUUACCAGAUUUUUUUGGACACAUCUUUCCACAAUGUUUAUCUUUAUAGAUGUUAUUUUUAUAUGUUUAGGAUUAGCACUGUCAAAAAUGUCUGUGUGGAAUUGAAUGGUAUUGAUUGCAUAUUGAUAAUUCAUCUUCAACGACCGCAAACAAAUUUCAUUAUAAUACUGUUUGUUUGUGUCUGACGCACAACACUGCUCGAGAAGGAAUGACUCUGCUUACAACGUCUAGACGCAUAACAUCUGACGUGUAUAUGAAACGAGUCAACUAAAAAUACACGGUAUCAGUGAUUUGUGUCCUGGCGCACGUUGGAACGCGUAACUUCAGAUUGUUAUUGUAUACGUGAAAGUAAUGAUAAAGCAAUAUGAUAAAAAGAGCGUGUGCUAUGUUUGACCAAAUCCAGAAAAUUAUCAAAAAAUGUCCCAAGAGAUUUCUAAAACUAGCAAACGCUAGAACACCCGAAUAGGCUGAACAUUCGAGGAAAAUAAUUGAAUUCGCUCUAUUUCCUCCGCCCCCGCGAAGAAUUAUUAAAUCAUAUUUGUUGGUAUAAUAGAUAGUUUAUAGGUAUAAUUUAGCGGUUGCAUUUAUAGUAAAUUAUUCGUAAAAUGACAGACACGUCUAAAAAAAAAAAUUGUAUUAUUCAUUAUGAUACGCGAGAAAAUUGCAUUGUGAGUUUGUGAAUAGUACCUCUGCUGUAUAAAAAUAGGCUAAACCGAUGUUAUUACGAUCACUUUUGGAUUUGAAAUAUUAUUUACGACACACCUAAUUAAUUUUAUAUAAUAUCUGUUUGUUGAAAAUUCGAUAAACAAGAAUAUUAUUUUCAAAUUGUUUAAUCAAAUAAAAGUUAUAAUUAAAAUUAUUGGAUUCGUAUUUUUAUAUUAUAUUAAAUUUAUAAUAUUGAUUAGACGUAUUAAUAUUUUUCCUGGCCCAUCUGUUUCUGUUUCUUUUGAUUCGUAUUAACAAUAUUAUCGAACUUAUAGAUAUUUUUACAUAUUAUUUAGGUAUAAUUUUAAUUUGUUUUUAAAAACAUCUUUUGUUAUUAUACCUAAUCUAUAUGUAUAUUGUAAAAUAUCAAUAAUAACAAUUAUUUAUUGUCUAUUUAUACUAUUUUUACUAUACCCAUAAAUUAUCUAUAUUGAUAGAUAUUACAUUUAUCUAUUUUAAGUUUUCGUAUCAAAUUACUUAAAUUACACGACGACAAUUCGUGAUGCCCUCAUGUCUCUGUCGGUUUUUUAUGGAAAUAUUUUGAUUUUUCAAGAGAUUUAGGAGUACCUAUGUAAAAUAUCGUUAAAAACUGUUUAAAAAUAACGACGGGUUCGAAUAAACAAUGUACUGAUCUUUAAGUUUGAUUCCAAGUCAAUUCACUCUAAUAUUAAAACCAACGGCGCAAAGUUGUCCCUGCUGAACUCAAAAUUUAGUAUGACGUACAAUUUUAAGACGGAGACAGCGCGUGCGGAUAACACGUCCACUUAAUUACAGUAUGGAAAUUCAAAAUACCUUUGUCGGAAAGAUACUUAUAAAACUAUCAAAAACAAACCUAUUAACAAAUUUCUGCCAUAUUAUAUAGUAUACGUCUGCUGUAUAGACGUGUAGUCGGUCUAUUUACUUUAGAAAACUAUUAUGCAUUAUUGUGGUAUUUUAUCGAUUCUUAAAACUAACAUUAUGUGUUUUAUGCGCCGUUUAAAUUGCAUUUAUAGUACACCUAAGACCUUAGUGAUAUAUACCAAAGGCCUGCACGGGCCGACAAUUCUUGGCCCCCGGUCCGGCCCGUGGUUUUUUUUGUGCUUGUAUAAAAGCACAGUCCUGUAUUUUAUUGGUGUGAAAAAGCCCGGCCCUUACAGGUUUUAGUAUACACACAGAGUUAGUCGAACGGGGAGGGGGGGGAAAUGACAUCGCAAUACACGUGAACAAAUUACAAGAUUUCUUUUUUUAAAUUGCGUUAAAUUAUUUUAUCUAUACUAUAAUAUUUUGAAAUUGUAUCCUGCUAUUAACGAUCUCAACGCGCUACAUAUACACACCAAAAUACUGCCAGAUUCAUUCUGUUCGUUGGCUGUUUAUUUAAACGGAAAUGGUAAAUAUGGAAAUAGACAUGUAUAAUAUAUGUCCCUUCUUAAUGAAUCUCGAGACACUUUUGUAGUUUCUUGUUUAAGAGUUUAUCUUUAGCGUGUUAUUUUUUUUAUAAUCCACUAUAACCGGUUAUUUCGGUUAGAUACUUACCUAUAAUAACGUUUUUUUUCUCAUUAUUAUAUUAAAUGUUUAAAUUAAAUUAAUUAUACUAUUCAUGAAAUUCCUAUAAAAUAUGCCUACGUAUAACUUUUAUUACGUUUAAAAAAAAAAAAUUAAUAUUUGACUAACGUGAACAUUUUUCAUUAGUAUUUUACACGUUUAUAAAAUUCAAGGAAUUAUUGUUAGAUACGUUAAAAAUAUAAAAAAAAAAUAAAAAUAUUUAUAGUGUCUACAAUUUAUAAUUAAAUAACGUAAAUAAAUUAUAAUAAUAUAUAAAGUGUCAAUUAUUGUAACUACUAUAGUAAAGAAAAUUUAGAAAUAAAUUAAAAUAUUUUUACAAACUAUUAUGUAUAGUUGUAUUAUAAUGGUGUGAACAGUGUAAAUAGCGACCUGGUAUAAAAACAAAUAUGUUUAUAUACGAACAAACGAAUGUCGUAAAUAGUUUAGAAACCAUUUAACACGUAAUCCUUGAUUAAAAUCAAAAUUGAAUACAAUUUAAAUUUACAUUUUUUCAAUCAUUUAGUCACUUUUUUCAGCACGGUGGCGACGUAAUAUUCGCUUGACUUAUGCAAAUGGAUAUUAUCACACGAAGUCAACGAAGCAAAACUAUUUUUAACGUUGAACAACGAUUAAUAUAAUAAUAUACAAUACCAUAUACGAUGUUUCUCAUAUUCGGACUUAAUUAAAUAAUAUUUUGUCAGUGUGCAUUUUAUUGUAUAAUCGAUAAUGAUUUUAUUUUUAGCGUACAAAAAAUAACACGUAAAAUAUUUAAAUGUUUUUAAUUUUUAAUUGUUAAUUAUAAAUUAUAAUAGAAAUGCAUUACUGUUACCUAACAGUAUAGUAUACGACUUGCGGAUAUAAUAAUAUUGGGAACCAUUGUUGUCGGGAUAGUAGGUAUACGACUGGCUAAUGCACGCAGUACGCGAACGUUAGCGGAAAAUGUGAAAAAUUAAAAUUAAAAAUAAUAUACACAAUGCCAAACAAUUUUUGAUUUUAUAGAGAAAAUAAAUAUAAUAAUUUAAAAUGUUGCGGCCAAUAUACAUGGGAUUUGAUUUAAUAAAUUGUAUUACUGUGAAAUAAAACAAUAAUAUAAUAGGUAUGAUGUUUUACCAAAAAUAUCCAUAGCCAACAGCCAACAAUGGUGGUUUAAUUGGGCUUUUAACGUAUAUAAUACAUUGGGAAACCUGCAAAGUGCCGCAAAAUAUUGUCCCAAUCGUUCCAAAGAAUUUUGGCAUACUAUCUCGUAAACAUUCUACUGAUCCGUCGGAAACAAAAACAAUCUUAUAAAACGUUACAUUUUAUACCUAGUCCUGGUACACCAAUAAUACUAUAGAAUAGAAUGAACAAUACGUAUACACGUACUUCUACAAUUUGGUAUUCGCGUUCCGUUUGAAUUGAACCAGUCAAACUCGAUAUAAUGUCGCAAUAAACAAACGAACUCGUAAUAAAAUUAUUUAAAACAACUGUAUAGAUGGCGAAAAUAAACACUAGUAAUACGUCAUAAAUUAUUGUAUCGUUUUACGAAAAUUACUGAAAAUUUAUUUUUUUAUUUUAUUUUUAUUUAAGGUUCAAGUACAGUUGUUUAUAUACGUCACCGUGUAUGCAAUGGACACAGAGAAUAAGAACUUAAAUGGAUUGCGUUUUUUUUUUUUUCCCCCCUAUAAUUAUGUCUUCUGUAAUUUUGUUCUGUUUAUUUUCACUCUAAAUUGUAUAAGUCUGUUUUCGAAAUAAUAUUGGUGUAUGGAUUUUCAAAACGUAAUAUACUUGUAAUACUAUUACAGUAUUAUAACCUAACAAUACGAAAUUGACUGAAAUGAAACCCUUGGGACCAGAUUUAGUUAUCGAAAUGGUUAUAAAUUAAUUAAUGACAAGAUGCGUGUAGUAUAAAUUAUCAACCCGCCACUCACAUUUUAAUGUAGACAGGUAUGUACAUAUUUUAUUUGCUAAGGAUCACACCGGUAUGCAAUUUCGACCAGGUAAACCCUUAAUAGGUUUAAUUUAUGUAAUUUCUCCAUCCCAAAAUCAUCAAAUCUAAAUUGUGGCUCAAUUUAUCAACUAGGUUUAUAAAUGAAAAAAAAUUGGAAAAAGCAAAACUUGAUCUAACUUAACUUUUCACUAAUAGAAAAAUCCAAUACAAAAAUAAUAAUAAUACAAAAUAAAUCAAAGCAUUUAUUCAUUUAUUUAUAUUAUUUUUAUUUAUAAAUUGUUUAUUUAUUUAUAAGUAUUAACCAUUUUAAUAAUUUAGUUUUUACUUUAUUAUAAAUCGAAGAUGUCUGAACAUUAUUUGUGCUAGUUUAGUGCACCACUACCACUUAAUAUUAAAAAAAACCGAGCACCUUCACACGUGGGUGGACUACUGUUGUAGGUGUGAAAUAAGGAAGGUAGUAGUGAGGACAUUUAAUGUAUAUCUGUAAGCAACGAUAAACUAUUGCUAACGAAAAAACGAUUCUGAGCGGAAUUAAGUUGACAGAUUUGCUUUGUCAACAUUAUGUAGGCCAUAUUAUGGUAAAAUAACCUAUUUGUACCUAUUUUCCCCGUUUUUCCUAUGUUUUUCCCGUAAUAAAAUAAAAAAAUAAACAAAUGAUCUCUCUAAAGUACCUCUCCAGUCUCAUUUCCUUUUGGGAAAAGUGUUACACUUGUAAAUCGGAGCAUGAUUCCCGGUAAAAAAAUUAGCCACAAAAAAAUAUAAAAUAAAUAAACAUCUUUGUAAAACCAUAAGCUUUUUCGUUCCACUCAGAAUCUAAAAUCAUAAUAAUUAAAACAGCAAAAAAUUAUAUUCUGACGAUUUUAGGCACGAAAACUGAAGAACAAUGAUCGCAGAAACAGUCGGAUAGCGGAAAGCUGCGUGGCGGCGGAUUGUCAUGGGGGGCAUUGUGAUAAACGGUUGUUGGGUGGUAAAAGAGGCAGUCGGAUGACUCUACACCCGCCUUCUGAACUUCUACUCUCCUAUUACUAAUUUUCGAUUUUUGUGGCUAAUUUCGCUUACUUUUUCAAAAUAAUAUACGACAAAUAUACGACACCCGACGUUACGAUUUCAUUAUUUUAAAUUUGUGCGCUUUAUGUUUUCUACCAGAAAUAUUGUUAUUUGUUCCAAAAAAAAAGAGGAAAGGAAAGAGGCCCUUAGGCAGGCCUAAACAACGAUGGUGUGAUAAGAUCGCAAAAGAUCUAACAAUACUAGGAGUGGAAAACUAUAGAGAGGUAACAUUGGAUAGAGAAGGAUGGAAAGAAGUGUGUAAUACAUCAAUGGGCCUAAACGGGCUAAACGGCCUCUGA